AUUUGGUACUCUUAGUUUUAAAUAACCGCUAGGUGAAGUCUACUCAAUGCGAAUGUCUCGUGCGCGAAGUUUUAUGAAAACCGAAAUAAUAAAAGUUAAAAUAGUAGCCUGUGUGAUUUGGUGAUUACCUUGAUAAUGCCUGGAUCAAUAGACUUGAUAGUGUCUACAGCGUACAUUGGAGUCACGAUUUGGAUAGCGUAUUGGCUAAGGCUAUAUGCAUUAUUUUAUCUUAAUUCUUAUCCCCUUACAAGAGCUUUGGUUUUUGAAUUCAUAGCUACAGCAGAACUUUGCGGGGCAUGUUUCGAGCUCAUUAUAAUUGCGGACAAUUGGGGAGUAUGGAUGUACGCGCUUUAUUUGUUUCUACUAACAAUCUGGUGGUCGAUAAACUGGGAUGAAGCUUCUGCGUGUCCUUAUACACACAUGGAGGAUGUUGUAAUACGUAAAAAGCCCCUGAUUGUCGCAUUUUUAUCGAUAUGCGCGGAAUUGGCUGGCGGUCUUCUUAUAUUUAAGUACAUCCAAAUAUUGUGGGCGUUACAAUUCGCUUCUACGCACAAGAAUAGAGCCUAUGGCGAUUGCACUACAGAUUUACAGGUGUCCGCUAUAAUUGGAGCGCUUGUGGAAUGCAUUGCAACGUGCAUGUGCAGAGUGGUAUCCCGCGUGCUGGGUGACCUGAACCCGAGGUUUAGCACGGUCAUCGAUGCCUUCGUGGGGACGUCUUUAGUAGUUGCAGCUUUCAAUUACACCGGCGGUUACUUUAAUCCUGCACUGGCAACUUCUUUAAAAUAUGGUUGUCUGGGAACCUCAUCCAUGGAGCAUGUGAUAGUUUAUUGGAUUGGAUCAUGCAUCGGAUCUAUCGCCUCCUUGCACGUGUACCGUAUGUCAUUUGUACAAAAUUUCAUUCAAGUACAGGAAAGUACAGAUGCCGUUUAUUAGAUAAAAAAUUUGGUAAAAUUAUUUUC